GAUAAAGAUCUAGAGCUUUCACAGCAGAGACUUGAAUUGGAAGAAUGGCGUCGAAAGUGACUUUCAAGAUAACGCUCACUUCGGAUCCAAAACUUCCCUUCAAAGUACUGAGUGUACCAGAAGCAACACCAUUUACAGCUGUACUCAAGUUUGCUGCUGAAGAGUUCAAAGUUCCUCCUGCUACAAGUGCAAUCAUCACAAAUGAUGGUAUUGGAAUCAACCCAGCCCAAAGUGCAGGGAACGUCUUCCUCAAGCAUGGUUCUGAGCUGAGACUAAUACCCAGAGACAGAGUAGGAUCUUAUCUUUGAUAGAAUAAAAACAAUAUGCUUACAAACUCUCAGCAAAGAUGAGCAGAAUGAAUAAUCUUUGGAGGUUGCAAUAUGAUACCACAGCUCGCUGGGUAAUCUUACCAGUGUACCUAUUUAUAUUCCUAUAUUUAGCCAUGCAUGCUUCAAAUCAGGAUUUUUCAAGAUCGAUUGUAUUACUACUGUAGAGCCAUUAAAAAGUGUACUUCAGUUACCCUUUAAUAUGUAAUUCAACAUGUACAUAAAGAAAGCACUUACUAUUUUAUUUUGUUUUAUUAUGUUGGUGCAGACAAGGUAAAGUUGUGUCUUAUGGAAUAGCUUCUAUUUCAAAUUGGUUUAGAGAAUGACGGUAGAGUUGUGAAUACCAUGGGCGUCGGUACAGGUGAUUAUCCUUGUUCAUGUGGGGGCAUCUAUUAUUGCGUCCCCUCAGCACAAAAAUAUAAUACUCUGUUCCGACGCCCACGGUGAAUACCACAGUGGUAUCUUGAGAAAAAAAAAUCAAGUAAAAUGUUUGAAAUUAUCACCAUGCUACAGUAUCUGAAAUUCAGAGUAGAUGAAUCUGUAAUUUCAAGGUGGAAGUUUUUUAUAUGAAUCUGAAAAGUUGUGCACAACUUUAAGGCACAAUAUGAUGUUUGAAGGUUUGCAAAGUGGUAUGAACAAUCGCAGAAGUGGUUUACGGUACGCCAUGUGUAAAGAAGAAGACAGACAUUCAACCUGCCUGAAACGUUGAUUCUGCUCCUGCUACCAUUAUUACUCAGUUCACGGACUCAAGCCAGCCUUCUCUCAUCUACUCAAGCCUCUCACCCUGCCUACUACUCAGCUUUCCACUCCUUUUGGUUUACAGUCCUUUUAAGGAUUACA